AUGCAAGUGUCUAAACAGUACUCUUCAUUAAGAUUACAGGUUGAAGUUUAUGGAACAUUCAGAUUCUUAACCUGUGUAUCAAAUCCCUCUCUAUCAAUUCAAUCAUUGUAUACACAGAUCGAAGAUGAAGUACGCGCCAACUAUAUGGUGCAGUUUAAGGUGUUGGCUAUAAGGGACAUCAACCAUGAAACAUUACCUGUACAUUCAAUGAUUGGCGAACGUCUGAAGAAUAUGGAUCAGAUCUACGCCUUUGUAACAUUUAAGUCGACACAAGAAGUUCAACAACAACAACAAAUGCAACAACAACAACAGGCACAAGAACAGCCACCUCAAUAUCAUCAUCAUCAACAACAACAAUUAUAUCAACAACAACAACUACAGCACAAACAACAACAACAACAACAUCAUAUGCCACAGAUUGUACAACCUUAUGCAUCGACUACUAUACUCUUCAUAGCCAACAACUACAACAACUACAACAUGUAA